ACUAAACAUGACACCAAUAUUAUUGAUCGGUUUAGCCCUUUUUGGACUCGUGGCAUCCGAGGCCGGAGAGAAAGGAUAUAGUCCCAAAUAUAACCUGAAAACAUAUGGAAACCCAUUCGGACCAGGUAAUAUUGGAAGUAUUCGAUUUCAAGGAAAUGGUGGCUUCGGAUAUCCGUCUUAUGGCAGAUUAGGUUAUGGAUCUGGAGGAUUUUCCAACAACGCGUAUGGUAACGGUUCACCGUUAAACAUUGGUGGUUAUUCUGGAUACAAUGGAUAUAAUAUACAAAGUGGAUAUCCUGGAUACGGGUUCAUGAACGGAAGGGGUUUAAAUGGAUUAGGUGGUUAUGGUUAUAACGGUGUUUACGGCAAAGUUAUUGGACCUUUCAUGGGUUAUGGAUACGGACAAGGACUUGGAGGAAAUGUGUAUGGAUCAUAUGGUUUUAAUGGGGCAUACGGUGUUAAUAACCACGGAUCAUAUGGUAUUGGAGGUAUUGGUAGUUUGAAUGGUUUUGGAUCAUAUGGUGGUUUGAAUGGUUUUGGAUCAUAUGGUAUUGGUGGUUUGAAUGGUUUUGGAUCAUAUGGUGGUUUGAAUGGUUUUGGAUCAUAUGGUAUUGGUGGUUUGAAUGGUUUUGGAUCAUAUGGUGGUUUGAAUGGUUUUGGAUCAUAUGGUGGUUUGAAUGGUUUUGGAUCAUAUGGUGGUUUGAAUGGUUUUGGAUCAUAUAGUGGUAUGAAUGGUUUAGGAUCAUAUGGUGGUUUGAAUGGUUUUGGAUCAUAUGGUGGUUUGAAUGGUUUUGGAUCAUAUAGUGGUAUGAAUGGUUUAGGAUCAUAUGGUGGUUUGAAUGGUUUUGGAUCAUAUGGUGGUUUGAAUGGUUUUGGAUCA